AUGGAAUCCAGGGAAAAUAUUGCCAAUGUUGGAGGCAGUAGUAGUGAGGGAACUGGCCCUAAGGCUGGCAGUGACUCCACGAAUGUUCUACGGGAUUUUGCUCAGCAGCUAAUGGCUGAGGUGGUUCGGAUGAAUAGGGGGCACAAUCGUCUUGCGGCUAAGCUGGGUUGUUCUAUUGAUCAGUUCACCCGGCUGAAGCCUCAUGUUUUCAUGGGAAGUGUAAACCCGGUUCAAGCUGAAAAUUGGAUCGGGAAGAUUGAGAAGAUACUGGACGUCCUAAACUGCACUGAAAAGCAGAAGGUGGAUUUUGCAACUUUUAAGUUGCCAGGCGAAGUAGAAAGAUGGUGGAAGUCUAUAAGAAUGCUUGAGGAGCAUCGACCCAUUCCAGUGGCGAUAUCGUGGGCCCAUUUUAGAGAGUUGUUCUUUGGACAGUACUUUCCAACCACGGUUAGGAGAUUACUUUUGGAGGGAUGCCAAGGGUAUCUGGCAUUUGUGAAAGACACGCCGGCAAGGGAACGUGAAUUGGAAAAGAUUCAUGUUGUGUGA